AUGCACCCGCGGUUAUUUCACUCACUUGUUUUCCUGGAGCCCAUGAUUCAAGUCGAAAGUCCCGGCAAACCAGGUGGACAGAGUCCAGCUCUUUGGGCCAGCUCUCGCCCAGACCUAUGGUCUUCACCGCAAGAUGCCGAGAAAUAUGUCCGGAAAAGUCCGUUCUGGCGCAGAUGGGACCCAAGAAGUGUUGAUCGAUAUGUCCGCUUCGGGCUGCGGUCCGUCCCGACCGCUCUCUAUCCCAACCACGACCCUGGCACUGUGACACUUGCCACGACAAAGGCGCAAGAAGCCUGGACAUACUUGCGUCUGAAUGCUGCUCCUCGAGACAAUAGCGGAAACAGUAAUGUGGAGCGUUUCCUCACCGCGGAUCUCGCGGCUACGCCAAGAGACGGGCAGAACAACAGUCCCGAGUACGUGAACGUUUGUCCCUGGACGUGUAUCGCCUUUGAGUAUCUGUCCUACGUGCGCCCAUCAGUUCUGUACGUGUUUGGGGAAAAGAGCCACAUCAAUAUCCCUGAACGGAGAAGGGAUAAGCUGGAACGCACCGGCAAAGGGCUAGGAGGGAGUGGAGGAGUCGCUGCGGGCCGAGUAAAAGCGGAGAUCCUCCCAGGUGGAUCGCACAUGGCACCGUUCGAGAAGAUACAUGAAACGGCAGAUGCCAUAUCGAGCUGGAUAAGCUCGCAGAAUGAACUGUACCAGACAGAGAAGGAGUUCUGGGAACGCCAGCACGACAGCGGAAAGUCGGAGCGCAACAGUAUGGCUUUAUCGUCGCAGUGGAUGAAGUAUGUCACACAGCCAGUUGAUAUCAAGCGGGAGAGGAAGUCAAACUUGUGA